AUGGACAAAUCAGCAGUCAACAAAAUUUCUUCCGAUUUUGAUGAUGCAAAAUUCGUUGGAUUCCAAAAAAAUGAAAUUGAAGAAUGCAGAAACAGACUGAAUUUGAAAUGCUUUGACAACGACAACGAGAUGGAAGAUAACGACAGCGACGACAAACCUGCUGAAAUUGGGUCGAUUGGAAAACAUCACACGGAAGAAUAUGAAAAAAUAUAUUGGAAUGGAACUAAAACUAAUCAAUCGCUCCCAGUUACAAAUUUGAACUCCAUAAUUUGCCGAACGUCAGCCGCAUUUCAUGUUAAAUGUUUCAGAACUCUGAAUUAUGACGAUGACGAGAGUAAAUGCUUACAAUCAUGUGACGCUGACGACAAUGAAGUUGAUGAUGAUACUGGUAAUGAAUCCAAUAAAUCAUCAUCAUCUUCUCAAUCUUCAUCAUCGUCGCCGUCUUUGAUGAGGCAGGCAUUAUCGCCUCCCAAACCAAAAAACGCAAAUCUGUUGGGUUGCGAAGUCUUCCUAAGUUUGGCCUACGCUGAAAGGCGGACUCAUCUUCUUUUUUAUGGCAACCUUGUCGAUAAUUAUGCCAAAAAUUUCUAA